GUUAAGAUUAUUAUUGGAUUCAGAUGCCAGUUGUACAUUCAAUGCGUUCAAUCCAAAGAGUCCCACAACAAUUAACUUCUUAUCACGUGGUCACAAAGUUUCAGCCACAAAACUAAAAAAUGGUGGAGAAAAUGAGAUGAGGCCGUUGACAAACAUGCGACUACACUUCAUAUUCCAUUGAGUUACAGCAUUUAUACGGUUUUACGCAUCGACGCGUCCAGCACACCUGUGUCAUACCUACUGCGCUAUACCUAAGCGAAAGCAAGCACAGCGCAGUGCGAUAUGACCCUUGACACACCUGCCCGGAAUCGAAAACGAGGCAGGUAAAACUGAAUGAACGAGGUCACUUCGAAACGAGGGGAUCUCCACCUCAGCUGGAAAACAUCUGCUCCCAGUGCCUAAAAUUCUGAUGGAUUACUGUUAUAUGCGGAUAUAUUUGAGUCCUGUCACAAGAAAUUGUUUGUAUAUUGUUUAUCUGGAGUAAAAGCAAGUGACUUGUACACACGGUUACUGCCGGGUCCCGAGGAGUUCUCCGUCUCGAUAGUACAUCCGACUGACAGAGCGAUAACUUCCAGACUUGUAUGAGGAAGUGGAAGUAGACUGUCGAAGUGGACAGUCUAAGAUGGAAAAAACGCAUCCGCAGUAAUGGUCUUCGAUCGAACUGUUGAGGAUGCUUUGAGUGCUCAGCUAGCGGCUGCGCGCCUGCACUGGUCAGGGACGCUCCCCGCUGGAAUGGCCAGGCAGCGGGUAGGAACAGCGCGUCUUCGCCCGUCAUUAUUUUGAUUUUGUUGGCACGAAUUAUGAUAUUUUUUGCAACGAAGAAAGUCUCAACACCUCUGGGUUUAUUGUUUGAUGUCCCUAAAGAGCUUAGUGCCUAUCUGUGUGCCAGUUUUUUGUCCAGUUCAGAGGAAAUUCAUUGCCAAUGAAGGUUAUAGUGUGUUUUGAUAGUGUUCGGGUCAUCGUUCCAUGUGGGAAUGGAGAUAUACUGGUGCGAGAGCUGAUCAACAAGGCCGUCCAUCGCUACAAAAAGGCAACAGGAAAGGCAGGAAAUCAUUGGGUGGACGUGCACAACCUAAAAACAAUCAGUGGUGGUGGAAUCUUGGACCCAGAUGACCAGCUUCAGGAUGUUGUUGAUGAUAGAGAACAGCUGAUAGCAGACUUUGAUGAAGAAGGUAGAAUAGCUUUACUCCACAAUGGCGGAGACGGGGCCAGCGCUAGUUCCACCGGCACCACCAGCCCAGACAUCUUCCAGCUGGAGGAGGGAGGAAGUGGCAGUGCCAAUGGGGCCAUGCAGGAGAGCAGCGAGAGUGGGGCAGGGGGUUCUGAAGGGCAGGAAGGACCUGGACCCCCCUCCCCUAACCCUGCAGGUGUCACCACAUCCCCAACCUUCCCUAUGCUGUCCCCUCGAAAAGAAAAGGGAGCCACAGAUGUCAUUGUGACCAACAGGGACCUGUCAAUAGCACCCACACUGAGGGUAAGGCGAGGGAGUGAGCCAACACUCAGCACAUUGGGCGAAGAUGCAAUCCAGAAGCCACUCAUCCCCAUCAACAAUGGAAUUAUCUCAAUUCACAGACGGGAAUCUGUCAGGGAAAGCGAUGAACCUCGCUCCGAGUCAUCAGAAGAGGAGGAGGGCUUGAGCACUUUGGAGAAAAAGAAAAGAUCGUUUCUGAAAAGAUUUUCACGUGAUACCUUUCGCACGUCGCUCAGUAAUCGCCCAGAAAUGUUUGCAUGGGUGGAGGCGCAAGAGAAGCAAGAAGAAAAAUUCAAACAGAUCCAAGAAAGGAAGGGUCCUGUUGGUGCUAGUAUUCCAGAAAAUGGGGGCAAACAGGAGAGCAAAAGUUCUGACUGUUUGGUCAUUACCUUGAAGAAUGAUGGUGGUCCACUUGGAAUCCAUGUUGUGCCUGCAUCUGACAGCAAUGGAAAGGACAUGGGACUUAAGAUUCAGAGUGUUGAGGCAGGGGGCCGUAUUCACCAGGAUGGACGUCUGAGUGCAGAGGACAGAAUCGUGGAGAUAAAUGGCGCUGACUUGGCUAAUGUGACGUUUACUAAGGCCCAAGAAAUUUUUCGAAGUGCAAUGAAAACAGAUGAAAUCUGUCUAAAAGUAGUUAAGCGGAAGGCUCCUAAACCUGCAGCACGUCAGCCACCAACAAUCAUGCCAAAACCUCGGCAUGCACCUGCCAAACCUUCCCCUUUGACAUUACCACAGAAAACUCCAGAUGGUUCCACCACCCCACCUACCAGCCCAGACAAGACUAGCACACCAUCUGAAAAAGAUCUCUCUUCUUCAACCUCCACAAGCAAUGGAGAGUCCACCCUGAAGGCAUUUUACAUCAGUAGCACACCAAAGAGUGGAGCAGGUACCAACGGGCAUCUUUCCACGGCCAACACUUCACCCAUCAGCAAAAAAUCUGUGCCUCCUGUCAAACCUGGCCCUCCCCUCAGUGCAUCAUCACCAACCAAAAAGACUCCACCUGCUGUUCCAGUUCGUCACCCAACCACCUCGCUAACAUCACAAAGUAAAGAACGACCACUGAACACUUUGACCAACACACGUAAGAUUGGGAAAAAGAUUAAAAUUGACUUGAAAAAGGGUCCGUUAGGGCUUGGCUUCAGUGUAACGUCACGUGACAAUACCACAGGUGGAGAUGUCCCUAUUUACAUAAAGAACAUUCUUCCGAAAGGAGCAGCUAUUCAAGAUGGUCGACUAAAGCCUGGUGAUCGGCUUCUUGAGGUAAACAGUUUGUCCAUGCAAGGAAAGACACAGGCAGAGGUGGUGGGAAUGCUUCGAAACACACCUCAGGGAAGUUUGGUUAGUUUGCUGGUGUCUCGUCAGGAGGAAGUGGAUGAGAGAUUUCAAGUACCACGUGAGCUUAGUGAGGACACCACUGAUAGCAAAAGUGACAGCAAACAGAGCAAGGAAAACGAGGGGGAGAAUGAUAAGAAAGCUAAGAGAGAUGAAGACAGUAUGCCUUUACAGCCUGCAGAGCGAGCUGGUGAGGAUGGAACUUCAACUGUUGAGAAAGUCCCAGUUGAAAUAGUGAGCCUGCAGAUCCCUGUGAACGACUCUGGAUCUGCAGGCCUUGGUGUUAGUGUGAAAGGCAAGACCAUUUCUACAGAAAAUGGCCCUAAGGAUCUUGGAAUUUUUGUCAAGGCAGUUAUGCAUGGAGGAGCUGCUUCUAAGGAUGGCCGACUGAUGCUGAAUGAUCAACUUCUUGAAGUUAAUGGAAUUAAUCUUCAGAGACUUCCCAAUGUGGCAGCUAUGGAAGCAUUGCGUAAAGCAAUGACAGCCGAAGGCCAGUCUGGGGGCCACAUUCAACUGACAGUUGCUCGAAGAAUAGGCGGUCCCUUCCAUUUUGUCUCUAGUGACACGUCAGCAGAACCAAGCCAGGGGGAAAAAGCCAUGCGUCAUUUUCGAACUUGCAGUGACCUCAGUCAGCAGUCAGAGGAUUUUGACAUACCGUCACAUUCAAGACAGAGUAGUUCUUCAAAAACAUCUGAUCCGGAACUAGAAGGAUUAGAAAGGACUAAACGGGUAAAACCUUUAAUAGAAAGGUUCAGCAAUGAUAAGAAGAUCAUCUCUUUGCGCAAUGAGUCCUAUGUGAGGGCCACCAAUGACAGUCUGAAUGACACGUCUGCUUUCUCUGAAGCUAAGCCAUCGCCUGGUUCAAGUAAAAGUUACAAUGCAGGGUACAGCAAUAUGCCUACUGCUCCCUCAUUGAACUCUAGUCCAGAGGAUGAAGUCAUUGUUGAGGAGGAUACAUAUGCUCAGCCUAUUAAAUCACACCUGAGGCAAAGACCACACUCCACAAUAGGCUUUGCUCAUCUUGGAGGUAGUGGAGAAGAAGAAGGAGAUGAUGCAGAGGGUCUGGAACAUAUUCCAGCUGCUGAGGAGAGUGAUUUGAGUCCCACAGACCCCACUCUUACAUUCCAGCGUGAAGGAUUUGGACGACAAAGCAUGUCUGAAAAACGGAAAGGUCAUUUGGAUCCUCGAGCAUCGGAAGUGUAUCAAAGAGCUAAAGCAUCAAAGGACCACAAAGAGAAGGCUCCUUUCCCAUGCCGGCGUGUUAGAUCCUUUCAUGUGACAGGCAUGGAGAGCACCUCUCAUGAUGAGACUGAUGGUAAUACAGGACCAGUGACUCGAAGUGGAUCUAUGGAGGCUCUUCCAACCAGCUCUGUGCAAUCCUCCUCUACUAACCCAAGCAUGCUGCAUGACUCUAAAAUUAGCAUGUACAGGCCUCCAGAUGCCAUAAUGCAUGAAAGACCACACACCAAUUUGAAAAGGUCAUCAUCACUGGAAGAUCUCACAACAGAAUCUGACCAGUUUACUGAUGUCAUUUCUGAAGAGCCAGAAGAAAUGCCUGCUUGGCGGCUGGGAAGGAUGGGUCGUGUCCGCACCUGCAAUGAGAGUUUUCGAGCAGCCGUGGAUCGAUCCUAUGACCCUAUUGAGCCAGUAGUGAUGGAUACGUUGGAGGAGGAGAGCGUGGAGAGCGGCUCAUUUAGCGUAGGUCACAGGUCAUCUGGUCGAUCAUCGCUGAGUAGUGACAACACUGGUGAAGAUUAUAACAGCCUGAAACACAAGAAGAAAGGAAAGGAAAAAAAGAGUGGAGGAGGACUUCUUAAAGGGUUUCUAAGGCUUGGCAAGGGUCGCAAAUCAGCUGAAGACAUGGCCCUCAACCAAGAACGGUCACGUUCACGAUCGGAAGAAAGACCAUCUCAUCUGACUGUGAUCAGAGAUUCGGAGGGGGCGGACUUGCAAAAGUUAAAUCAGGACCUAGAGGAGAGCCGAAUUCAGGAGCAGUAUCGUCGCAUACAGGAGCAACAGAAAAGGCAGCUUCAGCAACAAAAACAAAUCCAACAGCAACUGCAGCAGCAACAACAACAAUUGCAACAACAGCAACAACAGCUUCAGCAACAACAACAACUUCAGCAGCAGCAAAUGCAACAGCAGCACCAACAACAACGAAUAGCCUCCUCUUCCUCCUCUCUUCCCUCAGACACAUCAUCUCUUGUGUUCUUAAGUGACGGAGGACGAUCUGAGAGUCCUUUCAGACCAUACCACCAGCAAAACAUUAGGGGCCAGUAUCCCGUAGUUGUGGGACGCACAGAUUCUGGAGGCAAAGUGAGUCAGAGAGGGGGAGGUAAUAGCAUAGGGGAGGGAUCCUUGAUGAAUCAGGCACUGACAAGAGCAGAACGUAUUCAACAGUUGCGUAUGGCUCACCAGAAGCAGCAUCGCUCUCGACAUGGCCUGUACCCAAUGGAUCAGCAAGAAGAGCUGUAUGAACAGCAAAUCAUGGAGGAAGAGAGGCGGCGCAUCAUGUCAGCAGAGGGUGGAAGGGAACCACGAACUUUGUGGCAAGUUCAAGCAGAAAUCAGCCAUUACCCACAACAAUUCAGCAGACCGACAAGCCGUCAAAGUGAAGGCUACAGAAACACCCCACACUCAGUUAUAUCAAGCCUGGGAAGUGACAGUGGUUUUUCCCAUCAUGGUAGUCAUUCUCACAGUCACAGUUUUGCACCAGUUCAUCAUGCCCAUGUUCAUCAUCCAUUUGAUUACCGCCACGAACCUUUUGAUUCAAGACUGGACCCUCACUAUCAGCAGAGUAGCAGCAGCAGUGCUAGUGAUCGUUAUGGUGACCGGCAGAGGCUGUUUUUCGAGGAAACUGUUCGAGGACUUAGGGAUUCGUCUCAUCGUGCAGGGUAUGGUUCGAGUCAGAGACCACUGCAGGCAUACUCGGACCCUAGCUUCAGCUAAAGUGUGAAAAGAUGACAGGCACAAGCUACAGGAGAGCUGCAGACUUGGGCACCCUUGAAAUGUGAUAUGUCAGGAUAUCACUUCUUUGGAAGUGUGUGUGUAUGACUGCAUGAAUGGUUGGCAGGGUGUGCAUAUAAGAGAGAGUUACAAAGCUUACUGUUAAACUAAUGUAGGCAAUGAUUUCUGCACAAGAGUGGGUGAAACAUAUCUUCAACAUUCCAAGCAGGUUAUUUCUGCAUGAUGUCUCAAUGAACAACGCACGUACAUCAGCAGUAAAGCAGACCAGCAAAAUGCAGUGUUAAAACAUAAAAUUCUUUAUGAUACUGAUGAUACAGUUCACAGUCAACAUGUGUGAUAACUGCUGUAUGAACCUGAAAGGUGUAACCUGCUUCUAAUGCUCAAAGAUAAUCUGUGCUUCACCAGCUACAUAGCAGACUCAUGCCGGUCAACAUGCUGCUGUGCAUCAAACAUGGUGAUAAAUUCACUCUUUUUAUGUAUUGUAAUAAAAAAAAGGAUUUUUUUAUAUGUAAAAUUUAUAACAUAAUUUAUUGUUGGAUUGAAGAUGAUUUCUUUGGGCACUAAGGUCCCAGAGACUAAGUUCGCCAUUUUUGUGUCAGUUGAUCUUAACAAAUGAGUCAGUACUUCCCCUGCACUUAAGAAGUAAUGUUAAUCAGACUUUAACGGCCAGUGUAAACAUGAAGUUACUGUGACUUUAAAUUAGCAAGCCCUGAAAAUUUAGUCACAACUUUAAGCGUUGCAUUUCAUCUUAAGUAUCUGAGCAGGAGAGACAUGAAUUGAUAACCUCCUUCAGAUGUCGAUAAAAUUUUAUUUCAAGAUUUUUUUAAGAAGAAAACUUUGAUAUAUUCUUUUUGAGACAAACUGUAUUGUAGCUUCAUUGUAGAAUAGGCAUUUCGAUCAACUCCUUACAGAAUGACAGGGGCGUUGGUGCUAAAUGCAGAAAUACAGUGAAAUGUACCUCUCUUUAUCCUAUCAUUAGUUUAUAAAUUUUAGGUUUAAACAUCGAGAGCAACAUAAAGGGAGUUAAUUGCAUAUUGGACCAGAAAUGAGCUGAACGGAGUGCUGUCUUAACAUUUUCAUUCAUUGACUGGCUUUUUCACAUUUGUGUUCUUGUAUUGGAUACUUUACCAGACCAGACCUUGUUGAGUCAUUACUGUUACUGACAUGUUCAAGCUGACAUGUUCAAGCUCACAUGUUCAAGGCGGGCAGAAGCUUCAGAGCAUGUCCACAUUAAAUCUAAGCCAGAUAUAAUGCACAUACAUAUGCAUGCAUCCUCAUUCACUUAAUGUGUGCAUGUGUCAAUUAAUUCUGAUCAAAAUUUUAAAAUGCAAAUGUGUUCAGAUAUUUCUGAAAGUAAACAAUAUUUUCUAAAUUUCCUUUUCUUUUAGGAAAACGAAAGAUCUUGUAAUACUCCAUCAUAAAAACAAUUUAAAAGUUGACAUGACUGCAGACUGUAACUGCACUAAAAACACUGCAAAAUGCAUUUGAAUGCUUUUGCUUUCUUUAAGUGUUUUGAUUUCUGAAUUCUGUAUAUAAGGACAUUGUGUAUGACUGGCUGAGUGAUUUUAUGGUGUACUUGAACUUCAGUACUAAAAGAUCAGAUGAAGCAUCAUAGCUUAAAUGAGUUUCGAACAAAAUGUGCUUGUUAUGUAUUGACUUUUUUCACAAGGAUGAUGGCAGUCAACAGCACAUCAUGAACCACCAUAUGGCUUGAAACAGCUUUACAAAUGCUUUGUGCUUUUAUAAAUACAGAAGUUUUUUUGGAAUAGUUUACAAAAUGACUGGUAGAAAAGAUAUUUAUAUUUUAGUUUUGUGCAUCAAAAUUGUUUUCCCCUCAGAAUAUCUUAUAAAUGCAAAAGGAAUGAUGGCUGCCUUGAGGCUAGUGCACUGCACUUCAGAGCAGUCUCUAGGAUCACUUAGAGGGAGAACUUUCUCUGCACAUCCACAGAACUGGUCUAUGUAUUAAAAGACAGUAGACGGAGAAAGCUGGGCUUUGCCUUCUGUUUACCAUGCCCUAGACGCUGUAAGCCACAUAACAGUUCCCAGUCCCUACAGUCAGCAAGCUCUGGUUCUUUACCUUUGCCUAAGAGUGCAAAAUAAAAUUAUGAAAAAGGAUAUUCAUUUCACUAACUCAGUAUCACAUUUCUGCUACAAGGUGUAGACCAGAAUGAUGUGGAGUUGUGGCAUGUAAACAUAAUCAAAAUACUUUAUGCUUGUCUGAACCACCUAGUGGUACAUCAAACACAAUGCAAUAUACCUUAUGAGCCAUCUAUGUUUUGUAAGUUUUUUAGUGCGUUUUUUUUUAAAUGCAUGGCUUGGGUUUUAUGGAUUUUGCUUGUCAAAUGUCAAGCUGCUUCUGUUCCUGUUGUGAACAAAACAACAGAAGAAUGCACAUUAUAAAUAAUGUCUAUGCUGUGCUGCUUUGCCAGCUAUCUUGCUUCCCAUUACAUGGUUCCAUUUAAAGUACUUCAUGUUUUCUAGCAUCAGUAUGUCAAACCUUUGUUACAUUGAUGAAAUUGCUAGCACUGCAGGCAGGCACAAGAAACCUGUGCAGUUCAGAACCAUGUCAAAUUGUCAGUCAUCUUUAUUAAAAGUGGUUCCUGAUUGGGCUCAUGGAACUUAAAUGACUUGGUCCUGUAUUAAUCUGUUGUCUAUUUAUACAGCAUCAACUUUGUAAUUUGCUAAUGUCCUUGGCUGUCUGGGCUUUGCCACAUUUUUGUUCUCUUCUUUAAAUGAUAGGGUUUAAGACAAGUUUUAAUUUUGCAGGUUUGUGAAUGCUGCCGGCCUUGAAUAUCCCUUUUCUCCUCAUUGUGUUAAUUGUGGAUAGAAUGUGAUGUCAUCUGUUCUGGAGACAGCAUAUAAGUAAAUGUCUUUCAUGUACAUCGAUAUUCAGUAUAUGUAUAAACUCUCCCUGUCAAUAAAAGUCUUGCAUUAACAGACCAUAGAGAAAUAUAAUGAAAGUGAAAAAAGUAGAAUCGCUGAACGGUCAGCUGACACUGUCUCUGCAAUGUACUUCCAUAGGAAGCACAUGAGAAGGAGAAUUUUCACAGGCAGCACAAUGAUAUCAUGGGAGGAAGUCUGUUUUUAUUAUUUGAUACUGUUUACAGUGACAAACAUGCUCAUACUUUUUUAAGACAAGCUGUUUCAUCUUUAUUUUUGGUGUGUGGUUAUUUUUGUAGUUAUUCAUUUACCACGUAAAAUUCUGUGGCCCAUCAGUACAACCUUUAAAAUCUUUCUGCAACCCCUUGGGAUGAUUGUUCUUUUAAAUACAUCAUGAACAGACCAAUGGGAAGAAGAAAUUGUUUAUGCUGAACAUCACAAGAAAUAUUUGGCAGCUCCUAUUUAUCGGAACACAAGAGAAAAAAAAUAUUUUCUUGCCUUCAGCUUUGCCUUGCAAAUUAUUUCGUUUGAAAUGGUUUGUAUUUUUUAUUUUAUUUUUCUCACUUGCCAAGGCUUGCUGGAGUUUCACUAUUUUACAACAGCAGGCAUAAUAUGUUUAUGCAUCAUUAAAGAAGUCCAUUUUCCAAUGUCACUCAGAAACUGCUUUCCAAAUUCUAAGUGUUUCAUAAAACAAGCUUCAUACAAGUGUAAAAAUAAAUACUGUUUGACAGUAAUGCCAUAUCAUUAAUGUAGCCUUUUCCUCCAUCAUCACCAAAAACACUGGUUUGGAGUUGACAUAAUUCUGUUCACCUGCCUUUGGUCUUAUUUCCUUUUUAACUCAAAAUCGUCCCACUCCCACAUAGUCCAGGAACAGGGAACAGUUCUCUUUGCUUGCAUUAUAAGUGUUUUUUUUUUUUUGUUUUUUUUGCAAAGUAGAAUCACAAAUUUUAUAUUAUCUUGAAACCUGUGGAAGGCAGCCUCCUAAGUACAAUGAAAGACAGUAAGUUUUCCAUCUUAUCUUUUUUAAUCUUGUCUUGUUUUUAAUCAGUAAAUGUGUAAACAGAUUUCUCCCUCUGAAUACUUUGCAGUGAAGCAUUCUGAAAUAGGCAGCACUGUGUGGCCCAUUAUUAAUAAAUAUACUAGUAUGCAGAAAGUUAAAUUUUUGGGACUUGUUAAUUUCUAACUGGAACUAAUCAAAAUUGCUCUGUUGCAUCUCUUAUCCUUUAUUGUAUUUUUUGUGUAUGUGGUCUUCAACUUUAUACCAUUAAAAUGAUGACAUUGUCACUCAGGCAUACCAGUUCACUGUCUCUCUUGACUUGAUAAUAUACCAGGCUAGAAAUUUUGUAGUUCUUAAUAGUUUGUUUUCUCAGCUUUUCAUUUUCUAUUGGCUGAAAUUUUUAAGUAAUAAAAGAUCCAAUUGGCAUGGAGCUGCCAAAACUAUUCUAAGAAUAUUAUAAAGCAUAUCAAAGUCUACAAACCAUAAAGAGAAACCAGAAAAACUAUCUUUCAUAAACAACAGUAGGAUUUGGUGCUUUUCUGUGGUGCUCACCACAUAUUUCAUGCAGUUAAUCUUGCUUUUGGGUUUGGUGGUAUACAGCAUGUUGCAUUUUUAAUAGUUACUAUGGACACUUAAGCUGUCCAGACAAAGCGUGCUAUUAUUUGCUGUGAGCAUGUCUAUUACACAAGGGAUAUUUUGUAUGUAUGCAUGCAAAGAGAACAUUCUUUGAAUAACAAAAAAGUAUUCUGUGUUUUUUCAAUUUUGCAUAAACAGAAAUAUUGACGUUUUAUGUGAGUUAAGUUUUGGUGGCUUAUACUUGCUGUAAUACAGCUGUUCUGCACUUUGGAGCUGGACAACAAAUUGAUACAUUCUUUCAUUUAAAUAUUAUUAGUGAGAAAAUUAUCUUGAGGUUUGAGAAGACCUCAAGAAAUAUUUGUAUUUUCACUAGCACAACUAAAAGGAUGCAAGCAACAAUAAUAAGGCAUGAGUCAUGCUAUUCCUGCAAUCUAGUCAAAUGCAGGAAGUAUGCUAUAAAAAUAUUGUAAAUAGCAAGCUUAACAUUCCUUUUUUCCAGUAUUCUGAACAUUCUAUAAGAUUUUUAGCUCACUUGGAAGAGGAAAUUUUGCUGUCAGCAAAUGUAUUGACUGUUGCACAUUAAAGUAUACAAACUGCAUGUGUGCAUAUAUACAUACACUUAUAUGCUUGUUGAAGUGAGUGAAUUUCAGGUAUAAGAAUGCCACUUUUAAGAAUUUGUUGUUAAUUUUUUACCAAAAUACCAAAAGGUUCCCCCUCCGCAAUUUGGCUAUGGUAUAAAACUGAGGUUAGUGGCACCCAGUGACUGCUUUCUCGUAUAUAUUAAAAGACUUCUAGUUAGAAGUGUGUAAAUGACACCACCUCUUCAUCCUAGCCCAUUUGUACAAAUGUUAUCUCGAGGUCAUCAUUAUCCCAGUUUCAGAUACAUGUAACGGCUAAAAUGUAUUUGAACGUUUGUGUGGACAAACUAUGCAGGAUUAGUUACCAAAAAAAUUAUACCUUUGCAAAGUUGUCUCCAGCCUCUCAUUAUGUAGUAGGCAAGCAGCUGGAACACUGUCCACAGAGCAUGCUUGGAAUCGUGUGUCCGUUUCUUAGUUGUUAUUGUGAAGCCCUUGCUAUAAAAGUCAUGUAAUCCUUGGGCUUGUUGCAUAUUAAAAUACGUACCUGCUUAUGUAAAAUCAGAUAAGAUUUUUCAAGGUACUUUUCUAACUGAUGUCAACAACUGCUAGUUUAACAGAUUUAUGUCGUAUUCCCCCUCCUUUUUUUUAAACUUUUCCCCUGCAUUAUGAAAGGUAUGAGUGUGUUGUGGAAAGGGCAAUGAAUUUAACAAGGUUUGUCGAAUUUGCAUAGUCUGACCUAUUACAUAUUUGGGCAGAAAUUGAUGUAACCUAGUCAAGCAGAUAACCUCUGUUAUGUACUACAGUGCUCCAACAUAGACACUUCAUGCCACAUGGGUCUGAGGCCACGUACACUAGUAUUAGGCAGGCAUAUUGCAGGGCAGGUUAUCAGCUUCACUAGCCUGUAGGUAGUUACAACCUAGACAUGAAUUGCAGCCAAGCUUAUGAGCCAAAUGAGAAAAUGUGUGCAGGUAUGUUGUCAAGAGAAUGAGUGCUUUAAGGCAGGAGGCUGCUACUAGCUCUAUGAGCAAAUUCAUCAUCAGCUGGUUUAAGUUUUCGUCUCCUCCAAAAUUUGUGAUUCAUGUUUUUAUGUUCUAGAACAUGUGAUCAAGAAAUGAGUGUUUAAUGCUCACUGGACUUUGUUUUUGUUUUUGGUUUUUUUUUUUAAACAUUUAUGCUGUCCCACAACAUAACUCUUAUGUCCCUUCGCAUUUUACUCCCAGUUUUGUAAGCUUUGUGUCUGAAGCUUGGUUGCCGAAUUUUGAGUCAUGCAGUUGUACAGAAGUGAGUAGGUUUUCUUUACUGUACAAAGGUCACUCACACCCUUGUAACUUAACAGCUCAUUUUCAUCUGGUUUUUGCACUUUUCCUGUGUGAAUAGGUUGGAGUAAAGUUUUGGUGUAGAUUUAAUUAUUUUCACUUCAAACCUUUCCAUGUAUUUAUAUUAACUGUGUACAGUUCUUUUUUUGUACGAGGCCCAAACAAUAAAUGAUAUUUAACUCAAAA